GCUAAUUAUCAUGAGGAUGACAAGCGCUUGAAGCGGGAGGAGUUUGAGCAAAACCUUCAAGAGAUGGGACUGGAGCUGGAGAAGGAUGAAGGGUGUAAGGAGGCCUGCUGCUGCCAGACACACACUUCGAUGAGUAUAACAUAAUGAUGAUCAUGUCUGCAUUCCAAUUUUCUUCAGUAUAAAUUGGCCUUCGGGACUGUUUUCAUCAUGGGCAACAUAUGCUCUAUAGAUCAGAUUUAUCACCUGCUGCUGCUUCCUCAGGAUGGAAUAAACACUCUGGUACCACAAAGACAUGGAUGCUGCUAGCAGCUUUGUUGUGGAAUUCUGAGUAGAAAAAAUGUUUUGUAUUUCAGAAUUACUCCAAUUGAUAUUUCUAAGAUUUUGCAAUGAGUCAUUUGUUGCUGCAAAAAGUGUGUGCUGUCUUGUCAAGAUUAAUAUAUCUUGUCAUAGGCUAUUUUACGCAAGGGAAUCAAAGACAAACUUGAACCUUCAACAAUGUUAACAGUAUCUAAUAUCAAAAUAUUAGGAAACGAGUUUCCAAAAACAAACAUAAGAAUUAGUAGCUGAACAUCAGUAAUGAUUAUCCUAACUGAAAAGCAGAAAUCCACCAUGACGGGAAGAGGAUCGGAAAUGCAGGACAUCUGAGUAGCUGUUGACUGAUGAACUGAGGUUGAUAUUUGAAGCCUUUUUUCUUAUACAUAUUACCUAGAAUAAGAAGUGUGCUGCAUGAAUGGAGUCAUGGAUCCAAGGUGGUUUGUACCUAUUAAUGCAGAGUGUAAAGAUUUUCAGAAAAUUUCUGUGCAAAAGAUGAAUGGAGUUGAAUCGUCUUCCUGUCAAACAGCAUUAAAAUCGGCAUGAGUGACCCUUUGCAACAGGGCCGUCUUUGUUCAAAAUCGACUUCUGGGAAAGGCUUUUAGCGACUUGCAGUGAUAUGCAGCCUGUCUUCAGAAGUCACAGUAAAAAGCCUGAGACUGUAUAAUCAUCUUAUGGUAAAGUCUGUGAUCUGGACAGACCUCUUGCUGUAUGGAAAGCAAGCAAUGGGAUUUCUUUCCAAGUACAUAAGCAAUUAUUAUUGUUAUUAUAGAACUUCUUACACCCUCGUAUUUCUUAUAAAUUAAAAUAAAGCUGAUAGGACUUUAUAUUUUUGGGUUUAUACAGGUUCAGUUUUUCUAUCAAAUCCUUUGCAUUCCUUAUCAUAUAAAAUUGGUAUUUUUACUCUAUACAGUGAUGUUUGCAUUUGUUAUAGAGUUUCAGUGCAGAACUGUUUUAUUAUUCAUCACUUAUCUCCUAGAAAAUGUUUUUUUUUCACAGAUUGCACACAUAGCAGUUCUCCAUCUCUUCACCAGACAGGUCAGAGGUCAGAGGUCAGAACUGAGGGGCUUGAAGUACGUCUGACUGUGGUAAAAUCGCCGGAAUUGGCUUCUUAAAGAUCCAUGCUCCCUGGGCCGUUUUGUGUCGAGAGGCUGAGAUCAUGAAGCUCAAGAUGCCAACAAAGCAGGUUUAUGAAGUGAAACAAGGCAGCAACCUGGUGGAGAAAAUCCGACUGUUCAUUCACAAAGUCACUGAUCCUCUCCACCCAAAAGUGGGUCCCAAACGGCCCGGAGAUGCCAAAUCGCUCUCCCUUCCUUUUUCAAAGGAGAAGCAGCACCUUUUUGACCUCUCUGACAGAGACAAGUUCUUUGACAGCAAGACAAGAAGCUCCAUUGUCUAUGAAGUACUGAAGAGGAUACGAUGGACCAGACCCAACUACUCCUUUGGGAUCACCAGUCUGCUAGCCAACGGUGUCUACACAUCUGCUUAUCCACUGCAUGAUGGAGACAUUGAGGGGGUUACUGCAGAGCCCAAUGACAGGAAGUUAUUGUUCGAGGAAUGGGCCAGCUACAGUGUUUUCUACAAGUAUCAACCUAUUGGACUGAUCAGGAAGUACUUCGGAGAAAAAGUUGGCCUCUACUUCGCCUGGUUAGGAGUUUAUACCCAGAUGCUCAUCCCAGCUGCCAUCGUUGGAGUCAUUGUGUUCCUUUACGGCUGCGCCACAGUUGAUGAUAACAUACCUAGCAUGGAGAUCUGUGAUCCCAGGAACAACAUCACCAUGUGUCCGCUGUGUGACAGUGUCUGCAGCUACUGGAAGCUGGAGACGGCGUGUGGCACAGCCAGAGCCAGCCACCUGUUUGACAAUCCAGCAACAGUCUUCUUCUCCAUCUUCAUGGCUCUUUGGGCUGUUCUCUUCAUGGAGCACUGGAAGAGGCGCCAGAUGCGGCUCAACUACGUCUGGGACCUGACGGAUUAUGGAAUGGAAGAGGAGGAGCACUAUAAGGACCACAACAGAGCUGAGUAUGAGCUGCGGGUCGCAGAAAAGACCAUGAGACAAGAUCAAGAAGGCCCAAAGGAUGAGAAAGUGAAGCUAACGUGUACAGACAGAAUGCCAGCUUACCUGACCACUGUGGUCAUGAUGGGCUUUAUGAUUUUUGUAACCCUUGUGAUCACCUUUGGGGUCAUCCUGUACCGGAUCAGCAUCAAGACUGCGCUGCACCUGAGCACCUACCCUGCUGCACGCUCCAACAUCCGAGCCACCGUGAAAACCACCGCCGCCAUCAUCAACCUUGUCGUCAUCAUCAUCCUGGAUGAGAUCUACGCUCUCAUCGCCCGCUGGCUCACCACUCUGGAGGUUCCAAAGACAGACAAGAGUUUUGAGGAACGCCUCAUUUUCAAAACAUUCAUCUUGAAGUUCGUCAACGCCUUCACACCCAUCGUCUACCUGGCUUUCUUCAGAGGAAGACUGGUUGGGAGACCUGGAAAGUAUCUGUAUGUGGUUGGCUCCUACAGGAUGGAGGAGUGUGCUCAUGCAGGCUGUCUCAUGGAGCUGUGCAUACAGCUGUGCAUCACCAUGCUGGGCAAGCAGCUCAUCCAGAACAACCUCUUUGAGAUUGGCAUACCGAAGCUAAAGAAACUUCUCCGGAAAAGGAAGUCAGAACUGACCUCCAAGCAAGAAGAGGAGCUCCACAAAACUCUGAAGUGCUAUGAGAAAGAUCAUGUCCUGGGUCCUUUUGUUGGCAUCAAUCCUGAGUACAUGGAGAUGAUUAUCCAGUUUGGCAUGGUGACGCUCUUCGUGGCCUCCUUCCCUCUGGCGCCGCUCUUUGCUCUUCUGAAUAACAUCAUCGAAAUCCGACUGGAUGCCAAGAAGUUUGUGUUGGAGCUGCGGAGGCCUAUUGCAGCCAAAGCCAAGGACAUUGGUAUUUGGUACAACCUGCUGAGGGGCCUCAGCAAGGUGGCUGUCAUUGUUAAUGCUUUUGUCAUCGCCUUCACGUCUGACUUUGUCCCUCGACUCGUCUAUCAGUACACCUACAGUCCUGAUGGGACUAUGCAUGGCUUUGUCAACCACACGCUGUCAUAUUUCAACGUCAGUGACUUUCAGAAGGGUACAGAACCAAGUAUCCCUAAGUUUGAUGUAAAGGUCUGCAGGUAUAAGGAUUACAGAGAGCCUCCCUGGUCCAACACACCGUACGAACUGUCCAAGGAGUUCUGGGCCAUUCUGGCCGUCCGCCUCGCCUUCGUUAUCGUCUUCCAGAACGUGGUGAUGCUCAUGAGCGACUUUGUGGACUGGCUCAUCCCAGACAUCCCCAAGGACAUCAGCUUCCAGAUCCACAAGGAGAAGCUCCUCAUGUUGGACCAUUUCAUGAAAGAAGAGGGGAGAAGACGAGACAACUACAACCAUGACGGCUACAACAGCCCCUCGUCGGGUAAUGCCAGCCCCCAUCAGCUCCAUUCACGCCCCUCUUUCCAUGCUAGAGCUGGCUGGUAACGUUUCACAAACGAGUCCUUAAAGCAUGGCUUCCUUCUUAUCAUCAGCAAGGCUUCUGUUGCAUUUCCAUUGACUGGGAAUUUUAAAAUAUCCCUGAUGUGUUCCUGUCACAAUUCUGUCCCUGGAUUGUUUCCCAGAAUGUUCCAUCUUAGAUGUUAUUCAAAUCACACAUCCUCAGUUACUGACAAAGAACUCUGUAAAUGACGUCCUGUUGCCGAUGCACAAAUCUGCCAAACUUAUUCAUUAGAUGUAGUAGAGGAACAAGCCAUUAAGGGUCACUGCGGGGCCGAGUUCAUGUUUACUCGGAUGAAGCCAUGCCACCUCUGCCAUGGGACCAACUCCUUUCAUUUUGAAGACAAUCUGAAACUCCGUCCAAACAAUUAUCAUCUUUUUCCUUAUCUUAUUUCUGGGGAAUGGUUCCAAAGGAGAUAUCCUGAUAUGUAUCCAACUUCUUUGUUGCACAUAUAUGUACAAACACAGGUAUUUAUUGACUUACUUUAUAAAAUAUUCAGCAUGUACAGGCACAUGCGCAUUGAUUUCAGAAUUAGAAGCUGGUAUCAAAUGGCUCUUGGCAUCUUUUCCUUCAAUAAUUACUCAUAUGUUACAAUCACUUUGUGUUGUUGGGAUUCAAGUACAGCUGUAGAUUAUACGUAUGUACCAGAAGAAAAGGAACCAUCAAUACUGAGAUAGUUGUGAAUAGUUUUAAUGCCUGAUUAACUUUAGUCUGUAGAGAGCAACAAGUUUAUAAUAAUUAGUGUUUUUAACAUUUAUCAUAAGCAAUUUAGCAGACAGUGAGAAACCAUAUGAUGCAUCAUUAAUAUUCUGCUUGUUUGUGAUUGUUUUACUUGAAGAGCACAAAACGAAUGACUUCAGGACCUUUAACGUUGCUAACUUUGGGUGUAGAAUUUCAGACAAAAGAAAUAAUAUCAGAAGUUAGUCAAGAGUUUUCUCUAUUAAGAUUCAAAGACUUUCUAGAAAACAAUAAAAGCAAAAGAAAAUCAAGCUUCUCCAAAGACUAAACACACUCGCAUAAGAUGGCUGUGUUUUAUGGCCAAUUUCCUACCUUCAACAUUAGUAAAGAUUUAUUGAAAAUAAAAUUAUGGAAGAACUGUAUAUUGGAAAAAACACAGUUAACUUUUUUAGAUUUAACUUUGUUAAAUGGAUUUUCCAUUUGCUCACCUUUAAGACUUUUGUAACAUAAAGCUAAAAAUAGAAUCCAUCUUUAAGACUGCAGAGAAACUGGAAUUUCAACUGAAAAACAUCUGAGUGUUUUGAAGCUAAAAAUUCUUAAUGUAUUUGAAAUGGUGUUAAAAUGAUAUUUGGCUUUGUGAUGAUAUUAAACGUGUGUGUAAAGUAAACCAAUAUUAUACAUAACCAAAAGGUUGAUUGUACCAUAAAAAUGUUAUGCUGUUGCAACUCUUCUUGUCCGAUGGCCUUCAGUCUGAACGCAAAGCGAGGAUCACCAGAACUAACUCUGCCUUAUAAUCUACAAACUGGGAUUGAAACAGUUACCAGAUUAACUUAUUGUCCUCCCAUCCAAUGUGCCACUGUAUACCAGUGAACCCUGAUGAAGCAGGGCUUUAUCAUUAUCUUGCCUUAUUUUCACUACUUAAAAGAAUUUUUGAUUUGACUAUACUCUGUAUCCUUUUACCUGUACUUUCUCAAAGACAGAAUAGUUUUGUUUUCUUAACUGCUAAAGCAAAAUGUGGAAGUGACUGGAAAUUGCAUUGAAGAGUGGAAGUGGAAUAGAGUCAGUGUGUACUGUCAGACCAAUUUCUAACUGAGGGAUUCAACCUGUUCUUAUUUCAGCUCCCACCUCAGACUGAUGGAAUGUAUUAGUUUUUUUUAUCAAAUUAUGUAAAAUGCAUUUGACAUAGAAAUGUCUUUUUGAUUAGAUUAGCAUGACAUUCCACUUAUUAAAGGGACUCGUGACAUAACAAACUUUUAUUCUUCUCACUUGGUGUUAAGAUUCAAGAAGAAACCAUCAGAUGAACUGUUUGCUGUGUAGAAAAACCUGGACAAGCACAUCGUUUUCAAACAUCUGGUCAGAAGAAGUGUUCCAACCUUUUUAAUGAAAUAUUCUUCUUGUCUUUUUCCUACAUGUUUACAUAUUUUGAGGCCGUUAUACAGUGAUAGUAUGAACAGGAACAGUAUCUAAGAGCCUCGUUAAACACAAGUGCUUCUGGUCAGAUUCAACCCUGCCCCAUGUCCUUUUCCUUGUCUCUCACUGGUUGUAUUGAACAGUUGUUGUGAAAUGAUUGUCUGUUUUAGUGUGUGCCGAAGCUCUUUUUCAACAGGGGUGAGUGUGUCUGCAUGUGAAACCAACAACUUUGUCUCAUGUAUUGUCUUUCUUGUUUGGUCAUAUUUAGGAUGUGCAAAUAAACCAUGGUUCAAUUCCCAA